CGGAACGUCGCCGUGGCCGGACGCGGAGCGGAGGCGGGCGCGCGCCGCGACGAAUUUUGUCUGCUGACUGGUAGAACAGAUCUUGUUUAUAUUAAUUUCCUGGUGGUAACUGGUACAACAGAAGUAUUCUGAGGUCUUUUUUAAUAACUGUGCUGAGUGGAUGUGUGGAGGAGAGAGGAGGAAUUCCUUGGGGAUCCAGAUCAAUCAUUCUCUGUGGGAGAACUGGUGGAAGGAUAAAGGCUUGUUCAAAAGAACAGAAAUGGAUGAACUGGGCUUACAGGCCACUUACCAGAGGCUUUAUAAGAUUUUCAGUGAACAAAUGGAUAUCAUGCAAGCAACAAACUGUGGGCUUUUGUGGGAAGUCAGACCUACAGACUGAAUGUUUGUCUGCAGUGGAUCUAAUAUGCGGUAAUGGCCCUAAUAAGGCCAGGCCAUACAGCUCUGCUCAUCUGUGGAAAUAAGCUGUGUGUCCCACUGCAAGAAAAGCUGGGUACUAUUGGUAUAAGGCAUUCAGCUGAAAUUCAGAAGACCAAGAUUCCAAACUACUGAAAAUUCUGUGGUUCUUUGGUAGACCACAUGAUGAAAUGAGUUUUUAGCCAUGUGAUGAUAAUAGUGAUACACAAUGCCUGAUCUGGACAAAAAGUUGAAGAGCACAGAAAGAGCAACAGACAAAAAACCUCAUGGGAUCUCUAUGAGGGAUUAUUCUGCUCUUAAAAGACUUCAGUCUCUCUUAAAUGUUCAGUCAAGGAACCAACAGCUUCCAGCUAUACAUUUUGAAAGUGGUCAAACUAGUGUGACAAGAGCUUGGCAAAAUGUCAAAAGCAAUGAACGAAAACCCCAUGGUCAAUGGCAAGAAUCAACAGAAGCUGUUGAGCUUGAAAACUUUAGUGUGACCUACAAGAAUGAGCGAAAUUUCAGCAAACAUCCCAAACAUAAGCUGUUUCAAGAGAUCUUUACCGCUUUAGUUAAGAACAGACUUACCUGCAGAGAGUGGGCUAAUCAAGCUCCGUCCAUCCAUUUUCUUAGAGUAUUAAUCUGCCUGAGAUUAUUAAUAAGGGAUCCAUGCUAUCAGGAAAUGCUCCACAGCUUGGGUGGGAUUGAAAAUCUAGCUCAGUAUAUGGAAACAGUAGCAGAUGGCUAUCUUGAUUAUGGAGAAAGGCAGCAUAAUGUAGACAAGUUGGUCAACAUGACAUAUAUUUUCCAGAAGCUUGCUGCUGUUAAGGAUCAAAGAGAAUGGGUUAUAGCAAGUGGAGCACAUAAAACCUUAGUAAAUUUGUUAUCUGCCAGAGAUAGCAAUGUGCUUUUGGGUGCCCUCCUUGCUCUGACUAGCCUAGCAGAAAGUCCAGAAUGUAGGGAGAAGAUAAGUGAACUCACCAUUGUUGAGACCUUGCUGGUGAUAUUACAUGAAUACGAUUUGCUUUCUAAAAGGCUCACAGCAGAGUUGCUACGUCUCCUCUGUGCAGAGUCACAAGUCAAAGAGCAAGUAAAAAUGUAUGAAGGAGUUCCAGUCUUGCUCAGUUUACUCCAUUGUGAUCAUAUCAAACUUCUAUGGAGUAUAGUUUGGAUUCUGGUACAGGUUUGUGAAGAUCCUGAGACUAGUGUGGAAAUCCGGAUUUGGGGUGGAAUCAAACAGCUCCUUCAUAUAUUACAGGGGGAAAGAAAUCUUGUUUGUGAUCGCUCUUCAGUUGGAAGUUUAUCUAGUGCGAACGCAGAAGGGAGAAUCCAACAUCUUCAUUUGUCAGAUGAUUUGAGUCCUGAUGAGAUACAAGAAAAUACUUUCUCACUUCAAGCAGCUUGUUGUGCUGCAGUUACUGAACUGGUGCUCAAUGAGACUAACGCUUACCAGGUUGUACAGGCAAAUGGAAUAUAUACAAUAGCAAAGCUGAUUUUACCAAACAAAGAAAGGAAUGCUGAAAAAACUAGUUUAUUACAGUGCUAUGCUUUCAGAGCCCUGAGAUUUCUCUUCAGUAUGGAAAGAAAUCGACAUAUCUUUAAAAGACUUUUCCCUACUGACUUGUUUGAAAUCUUCAUUGAUAUUGGACAUUAUGUGCGUGAUAUCAGUGCUUAUGAACAGUUGGUAUCAAAGCUAAAUUUAUUAAAGGAGGAUGAAUUGAAGCAAAUUGCUGAAAAUAUUGAGAGCAUGAAUCAGAAUAAGGCACCUACAAAACUUAUAGGCAAUUAUGCAAUUUUAGAGCACCUUGGCAGUGGAGCUUUUGGAAGCGUAUAUAAGGUCAGAAAACAUAACGGACAACAUCUCUUGGCAAUGAAAGAAGUCAAUUUACACAAUCCAGCAUUUGGAAAGGACAAAAAAGACAGAGACAGCAGUGUAAAGAGCAUUGUCUCUGAAUUAACCAUCAUCAAAGAGCAGCUUUAUCAUCCAAAUGUUGUACGGUAUUAUAAAACCUUCUUGGAAAAUGACAGAUUAUACAUAGUCAUGGAACUCAUAGAGGGAGUGCCAUUGGAAGAACACUUUCACUCUUUGAAAGAAAAGCAACAACAUUUUACAGAAGAAAGAAUAUGGUAUAUAUUUAUCCAACUUUGUCUAGCUCUUCGUUAUUUGCAUAAAGAGAAAAGGAUUGUUCAUCGAGAUCUCACUCCAAACAAUGUCAUGCUGGGGGAUAAAGACAAAGUUACAAUUACUGACUUUGGGCUUGCAAAGCAAAAGCAAGAAAACAGCAAACUUGCAUCAGUAGUGGGAACCAUUCUGUACUCAUGCCCUGAAGUUGUAAAGAGUGAGCCGUAUGGAGAGAAAGCUGAUGUCUGGGCUGCAGGAUGCAUUCUUUAUCAGAUGGCAACUCUGAACCCACCGUUUUACAGCACCAAUAUGCUCUCCUUGGCAACUAAGAUAGUAGGGGCUGUGUAUGAACCUGUGCCAGAAGGACUGUACUCUGAAAAACUGUCAUUUACCAUUAAGAGAUGCUUGACUCCUGAUGCAGAGGCACGUCCAGACAUAGUGGAGGUCAGCUCACUGCUCUCUGAUGUGAUGAUGAAAUACCUGGAUGUUUUAUCUACCUCUCAUCUCAUGUUGGAGAAGAAACUGGAUCGGGAGAGGAGACGAACCCAGAGGUACUUCAUGGAGGCUAAUCGAAAUGCAGUAACCUAUCACCAUCAGCUUUCUGUUUUAUCACAAAAAAAUUACAAGAAGUUGAGUCUUCAUAGCAGCAGCAGUGGAGCAGCCAGCUGCAAAAGUGAAUUUUUAGAAAAUACUGACCUCCCAGCUGAAAGCUGUCAAUCUGCAUGUGGAAAAGACGAGGAAGGAACGUAUGAAGAAAUACUGGUAGAGGAUCACAGCAGUUUAGAGAACUCUGAGAAAGAUAUGUUCUCUGAAUUAGAUGAUGAGCUGGGCAUAUUGGACAACUUGAGCAGCUCCAGUUCAAGUCAUUUGAAAGAGUCUGCUAUUGGUAUAAUUAAACGAAGUUUUAGUGCUUCUGAAAGACAACCUCAGGUUAGUAAUAAUAGAGAUUAUAUUGAAGGUCCAGGAUCAAGACUGCGACCAGCAUCGGCAGGAAUUGCUGUAUCACAAAGGAAGGUGCGUCAGAUCAGUGACCCUGUACAGCAGAUUCUUAUUCAGCUGCACAAAAUUAUCUUCAUCACUCAACUUCCUCCAGCUUUGCAAUGCAACUUGAAAAGGAGAAUCAUUGAGAGAUUCAAGAAGUCCCUUUUCAGUCAGCAGAGCAAUCCUUGUAAUCUGAAAUCAGAAAUGAAAAAGCUGCUGCAAGGUUCUCCUGAAAUGAUUGAGCCCAGCUUCUUCACAGCAGAUUGGCAUGUGGUACUUCUCUCUUCAGGUGGAAAUAUGUUGCUUCCAGAUGAUAGAAAAGGUAUUGUUGGCACUUCUGACAUAGCAGAAGGGAUGACAUAUGAACAAUUGCAGACUCUAAUUGAAGACGUUCUAGAGGAAAGUGGUUAUUACAAUUUCUCUUCUAACAGGUAUCUCUACUAUCCGAGGGGAACAAAGAACUAUCCAGCAAAAGAAGAGAACUUGUAAUCGUGAACAAAGCUUUCAGAAUUGUUCCUAAUGAAGUCAACCUGCCUGUACUUCAGCUGAGGCUGUCUGAUUACCAAAGGGGCAAGUUUUGCUCAUUAAGUAGCAUCCAGAUGGAAUACCAAUGUGGGACAGCUUCAAGAGACCUCAUGUGAUAUUUCAGGAUGAUACUGUUAACUUUAGCUUUGUUUACAGCAUAAGCACUUUACAAGGAACAUUGCGAAUUCCAGGUUCAUACAUUAGAGGAAAACACAAUUCCCAACAGUACAUAUCUUAUGUUUUUAUAAAUGUUUUUUAAAGAAUUGUUGCAUAGUCAGGUUUUCUGGAACGAUAGUUCAAAGCCUGUAAUCUUAUUUAUAUCCAUGUAUGUCUUCUGUGGGAAGAAAAAGAGCUUUGUAAUAUGACCCGACAGAAAAUACAUGUAGGCUCACUGUACCAGAAUUAGAAACAGAUUAAACACCAUCAGUAUGAUUUUAAUAUUUAGAAGGAAUUUCUCUACUUACAUUUGGAUAGUAGCAAAUUCUAAUGCUGGUAUAACAUGUUAAUAGUCAUUAUUUGCAACUGGCGUACCUUCUGAAAUUACUGUUAAUUCAAAACCAGCUUUUUUUACUGCUAUUUCAAAAAGUCUGCAUAUUAUAUGUCUAUCUUUAGGCACACGUAUAGAUCGCUGUAUAUAAAAUGUCAUGUACAUUUAUAUACAUUUAUAUACACAUUAAUUUUCUGUUUAACAAAGUAAAUUAAAUACAUGGUGUGCUGCUAAUCAAGACUGUAGCACUUAAAAGCACUUUCAGAAUUUCAAUAUUUAUUCACUCUGAAUUAAAUGUAGGUAAGUAUGUCUCACUGCAGUAGCAGAGAAGCUAUUUUUUGUCUACAGUUUAGUAAGGAAUACUUGUUAAGUACAAAAGCCUUUUUCCAUAGCUGAUAGUGUGGCAAUCAUAACUGUUGAAAAUAACCAGAAUGCACCUGGUGACAUAGCUCUACUAUUUCCGUUGAAAAUUAUUAACACUAUGAUCAUCGCAUGAUUAGUCAUAAGUAAUUUGAUACAGAUGUAUGUUGUAUACUCUUCAUAGGCUGGCAAAGGUUUGUUUGGUUUUUUUCCAGUGGUUGGUUUGUUUUUUUUCCAGUGGUUUGUUUGUAACUAUAAAUAGCUAACUGGCAUUAA